CAGCUGACCGAACCAAGUCAAAUAUACCGACAUACAGUGUUAGGGAGCAUAUCGGUAGUAUCGUUGGUAAUCAUGGUGUCGCUACUGUGCUGCGGACCCAAGCUGGCCGCCUGCGGGAUCGUGCUGAGUAUAUGGGGAGUCAUCAUGUUGGUGCUUUUGGGAAUCUUCUUUAAUGUUCAUUCUGCUGUCUUGAUUGAGGAUGUUCCCUUUGUUGAGAAAGAUUUAUUUGAAGACCCCCAUCCUCCUUUAUAUAUGUACGGCCUUUAUGAGCAGGUCUCCUACAAUUGCUUCAUUGCUGCCGCAAUAUACGCCGUCUUGGGCGGAUUUUCUUUCUGCCAAGUGAGACUGAACAAGAGGAAGGAAUACAUGGUACGCUAAGGUGAUCAACCCAAAGAAAGAGAACUGUCCACUUUGACGAGACAACCCUGAGAUAUAUCUUUGCUAACCUUAGACCCCGUAACCACGGCAACAAUCCGCUAAAAGCAAAUUUAUAAGAAAAUAUACUUUCUCCCCUGGUAUAUAGUUCACCGAAAUCAGAAUGCCCCUACCUCAGUACCUUGUUUAUCUUGAUAGCCGAAUUAGAAGUGUACUGCCACUCCCAUCCCAGUGAUUAUUUUUUUUUUACUCCAAGCACAUGAACAUUUUUAUGCCACACAAUUAUAUGAUACAUUACUUAUCUAUUUAUUACUGAGGAGAUAAUUGGUGAUCUGAGAUCCAUAUAUUGCCAUCAACAAACAAAUACAAUACUGAACAACAUGAUCUCUAUGUCAUCCUUUGGGUACACACUCCCUUCUGUCAGCUUGGAAAGCCAUCAUCCAGAUAUCCCAGUAUACCCAACCAGUACCGCAAGGGAAGGAAAUGUUCCCGACUCUGGCAAGUAAAUGUGGCUUUGUUCCAAAGCACUCGCCUUUUUAUAAUGUGUUGGGUGCACAAUCUGUAUAUGAGUUCAUGUUGCACUCUUUCUUUUUAUGGUUGUGCAUGAUCAUUACAAUAUACAUGAUUCCAACUCAGUCUUUAAAUGACCGUUCUCCCUCCCUGUUCAAUCAACACCCAAAAUAUAUUGUAUAUUUGGACCAGUCUGUAUUCUGUUAUUUAUGAUGUAACUGUUUAAUAAAAGUGAUACAUUUCUGUGACUUAAUUUGUCAUCGGACUGCAGAAUUUAAAAGAAAGAUUGCUAUAUUCAUUUAAAAGAUAUAAAAAAAGAUAACAACU